AUGCGACACAGCGGGCAACAGGCUGAGUGCCACCAGUCUGAGUGUCUCUGUCACCAGCACGUGAACUGCACCACCGACGCCAACUGCACAGGGGUGACAUGUGACACAGUGGGGCAACAGGCUGAGUGCCGCGAGUUUGAGUGUCUGUGUCACCCGUACGUCACAUGUAGCACCGACGCCCACUGCACAGGAGUUAUAUGUGACACCGAGGGACACCAGGCUCUGUGCCACGAUAAGGAAUGUCAUUGUCACACUCCUCCCCACGUUGAGGAGGAGUGUGAACACGCCUCUCAAUAUGACCCAAAUUUCAAUUUUCGAAUUAACUCAUUUUCAGGGAUCGACAGAAUUCUUGGCGACCGGAAACCAUCGUCAAGCUCCACCCCGCCUCCCGCUCAUCAGUCUAUUUCCGGUACGCAAGAUGACGUCACAAAUGAAACACGUGACUCGCGCGUCAUCGAGGUCAAGGGUCUGGAACUCCCAGAAGGCCUGGCUAUCAAGAAGACAGAGCUAGGGGCCGUCUCUCAAUACGGGGUCUUCUGCUCCAAGACUGUCGUCACCAAGGGAACCAGGUUUGGCCCCUUUAACAGCCGCGUGAUUAACACCAGUGAGGUCAAGGCCCAGGACGAUACUUCACACAUGUGGGAGGAUGGACGUCUGAGCCACUUUAUCGACGGGCGACGUAACGCUGGUAACUGGAUGGCGUUCGUAAACUGCGCGCGCUACUCGCUGGAACAGAAUCUCGUGGCCUUGCAGGUCGAAGGCGACGUUUACUACGAGGCGUGCAGAGAUAUUCCCCGGGACAGCGAACAUCUGGUGUGGUACGGAGACAGCUAUUUGCAGUUCAUGGGCGUCCCUGUCGCCCCAAAGGAGGCCACUGGAAGUGAGUCACGGCAGGAGGCAGACGAUUCUGAGGGUUACCCGUGUGAGCGGUGCGGGAAGGUGUUCGCCUACUGCUACUACCGUGACAAGCACCUCAAGUACACCCGUUGUGUGGACCAGGGCGACCGGAAGUUCCCCUGCCAUCUGUGUACAAGAUCGUUCGAGAAACGAGAUCGUCUGCGGAUCCACAUUCUGCACGUGCACGAAAAGCAUCGACCCCACAAAUGUGUCGUCUGCAACAAGAGUUUUAGUCAGUCAUCAAGUCUUAACAAGCAUAUGAGGGUACAUAGCGGGGAGCGGCCGUACAAGUGCGUGUAUUGUAACAAGGCGUUCACAGCCUCCAGCAUCCUCAGGACGCACAUUCGCCAACACUCGGGGGAGAAACCAUUCAAGCCAAACACACCGUGCGACGGAUGCUCGGACAUAGACCGUUGCGAUGAGUCGGUGGCUCCAGUGGAUUGCCUGCCAUCUGGUAAGUUUGAUCCAAUGUUAAAAACAUCUACACCACAAUGGUGA